GCAAAUUGCCUAGAUAUGUCUCAGUUGAUAAAAAACAAAGUGAAUAUACCUCUUCACUUUUUGAAGUACACAUAACAGUCGGAUUUAAAUCCAAUGUUUUCGCAUUUAUUCUAUUAUGGGCUAUGGACAAAAUUAAGUUUUUUUUCUUUUCUGAUCAAGUAUAUUGAUAUAAAUUUUCAUCGAUUGAAAAAAAAGAAAUGAUAAUAGAAUUUUUGAAAUUUUUUUUAGCUUUAACCGAACCAAUUCGAUUUUCUGUUCAAUAUGUUUAUAUCUUACGACAAAUAUCUGAUGAUCAUAUAACAUCAUUUCAAAUAGCUUAUCAAAUACCAUUAGGUUCAGUACUUGAACCAAUUGGUUUAAAUCCAUUGUCUAACAUUAGUUUUGAAUUACAAGAAUUUUUUAAUAAAACAAAUCUUUAUGAAAAUAAAAAAUCCUAUGAACAAAAACAAGAAAAAUUUAAUCGAUUAUCAAUUUAUUUCGAAGAAAUUUUUAAUAAAAAUACAUUAGAUCAUUUUACAUAUGGAUUUUUUCCUUAUGGAAGUUUUCGUCUAGGUUUAAAUGGAGAAGAUCUUGAUACUGUAUUGAUUUUAUCGGAACAAAAAUCUGCAAAUAAUAAUAAAACAAAUCUUGAUAAAAUAUUUCUUCAAUUACGAUAUGAUUCCUUAGCAUUAAAUCAACAUAUAAUUAAUUUACUUACAACACAAAUCAACAGUGAUUUCAAUAAUGAAAUAAUUGAGUGUCGAAAUAUUCAAGCUGUUUAUCCAAUUAUUUCGAUUUUAUUUCAUGAUCAAACAAGAGUAGAAAUAUUUAUACAAAUAAAAGAAAAAUCAACAUUAAAUGAACAAUAUCAAGAUGAUAUUGCUCAUUUACUUUCAAAUUUUUAUGAACCUAUACAUGGAGUAAGAGAAUAA